AUGGAAAGGCAAAAGAGGUCCAUUGCUGCAAAAGCCAACAUGUUGGCGCGCCGAUUUGCUCGGUGCAGUAACGCAGUAAGGAUCACUCUGUUCGUGGCUUACUGUCAGGCGUUCUACACCUGCUACCUAUGGAAGAACUAUACACAGCGGACGUAUCACGCGUUACGCGUGCAGUAUAAUAAUGCAUUCAGAGCUAUGCUCAACCUACCGUGGAGGUGUAGUGCGUCUGGCAUGUUUGCCGAGAAUAGGGUAGAUGACUUUUAUGCAGUGAUGAGAAAACGGGCUGCCUCCUUCAUGAACCGAAUACGAAAUACUGACAAUAUUAUUGUCCAGGCUGUGUAUGACUGCUGCAAGUUUGACAUUUGUGACAUAUGCUUCUGGGCAGUAAACAUGAUAUCAGUGUUGGCCAUGUCUUUUUCUAUCACCUACUUCCUGUACAAUCGUUUUGAGGUAAUGCCGACGAGAAUCACCAUUGAGAAUCAGUUCGAGCCAAUAAAUAGCCUUCCCUACCCUGCCAUCACUAUGUGUACCCCAAACCAGAUAACCCAAUCUGCCCUGGAGUAUUUCAACACAACACUAAUUGAGGGUAACAGAACUGAAUUGGAAACGUAUCUACCACUAGUUUUAGGUUUUUACGAAUUUGCGAGUCCCACAAACUGGACCGCGAAUUUAUUGAAAAAAUUCCAGGAUUUACUAGAAAUGAACAGAUUUACUAUUCCAGAUUUGCUCAGUCGUGCACCUCAAAAAUGUGAAAACUUUCUGAAGCGCUGUUAUUUAGAAGGCAAGCAGUAUAACUGUUCAGACCUCUUCAAACCGAUUCUAACCACUCACGGACACUGCUGCAGUUUUAACAAUAUCUACAUGUUUAAUGGCAAAAUGAAUGUCAAAAACCGAAACUUUGUCAACCGCUAUGUAAGAGCUACUGGAUUUACGAAAGCAUUAAUAGUGGUCAUAGACUAUGAUGAAGCAGAUGUUAUGAAUGCUACACUACUCUACGGUGGAUCAACACUGGUGAUGUACACAGAUUGGUCAGAAUUUCCAUCCGAUGACGAAUUGUUUAUCCACGAUAAUUAUGGCGAGUCGUUCCACAUCUUGUCCGCUACUUACACAUAUUGCUCUGAAGAAGUUAAAUCGCUGCCUUUGUGGAGCCGGAAUUGCUUCUUUGAUAACGAGUACCACUUGGAAAACUUUUGGUACUACCGUAAAUCGGAUUGUACUCACUUGUGCUAUGCAAAUGCAGUGAAAAAAAGGUGUAAUUGUACUCCUGUGUUCAUACCUCACAUCAAGCGCAAUCCCUGUAAACUCGUUAAUAUUCCCUGUGUUAUUGCAGUACGAUGGAAUACGUCUAAAUGGUUGACGUCAGAAAAUUGCCCGUGUCUACGCGAUUGCGAGUCACGCAAAUACCGCGGUGAUGUGAACUUGGGAAACUUCAGGGCUGCACCCUAUGUAGUCAACAAUCCAUAG